CCCUGCCCGCAGCGCCCCGGCAGCACCGAGCCACCAACAUGUUCCAGAGGAAGCGCAGCGUCUCCUUCGGCGGCUACGGCUGGAUCGACAAGACCAUGCUGGCCAGCCUGAAGAUCAAGAAGCAGGAGCUGCUGGGCAGCGCGGAUGUGCCGGCGCAGGAGCGGCCCCUGUCCCCGCCGCUCACGGCCCCGCCGACCAUGAAGUCGGCAGAAUUCUUUGAAAUGCUGGAAAAAAUGCAGGCACCAAAACUGGAGGAACAGAAGUCUGGAAGCCAGAAACACAAGGAAGACUACAUCCCAUAUCCCAGCAUCGAUGAGGUCCUGGAGAAGGGCAGCCCCUACCCGCUGAUCAUCCUGCCCCAGUUCGGGGGGUACUGGAUAGAGGACCCAGAGAACCUUGGCACGCCCACCUCGUCUGACAGCAGCCUCUGCGAGGAGGAGGAGGAGAGCCUGAGCCCCGGCAGCUACGGCUACAGGCUGGAGUGCAAGGGCGAGGCCAGAGCCUACCGCAGGCACUUCCUGGGGAAGGAUCAUUUGAAUUUCUACUGUACAGCCAGCAGCCUCGGAAAUCUGAUCCUUUCUGUUAAGUGUGAGGAGACAGAUGGCACAGAAUAUUUAAGGGUUAUACUCAGGUCCAAAGUGAAGACAUUGCAUGAAAGGAUUCCCCUGGCAGGGUUCAGCAAACUCCCCAGUAUCCCCCAGAUUGCAAAGGCCUUCUGUGACGAUGCCUCUGGGCUGAAGUUCAACCCGGUUCUCUACCCCAAGGCAUCCCAGAUGAUAGUGUCUUAUGAUGAGCACGAGGUCAACAACACGUUCAAGUUCGGUGUGAUCUAUCAGAAGUUCAGGCAGACACAGGAGGAGGAGCUGUUUGGCAAUAAUGAAGAGAGCACUGCCUUCAAGAACUUCCUAAGCUUUCUGGGAGACACCAUAACUCUCCAGGACUUCAAAGGUUUUCGAGGCGGCCUGGAUGUCAGCCACGGGCAGACGGGAGCCGAGUCUGUGUACACGGUGUUCAGGGACAGGGAGAUCAUGUUCCACGUCUCCACAAAGCUGCCUUUCACCGAGGGAGACACUCAGCAACUCCAGAGGAAGAGGCACAUUGGCAAUGACAUCGUGGCAAUCAUCUUCCAAGAGGAGAACACACCGUUUGUCCCUGACAUGAUUGCCUCCAACUUCCUGCACGCCUACAUCGUGGUGCAGGUGGAGAACCCCGAGGGGGACACAGUGUACAAGGUGUCAGUCACAGCCAGGGAAGAUGUCCCCUCAUUUGGUCCACCCCUGCCAAGCCCACCAGUGUUCCAGAAGAGCCCCGAGUUCCGGGAGUUCCUGCUGACCAAGCUCAUCAAUGCUGAGAACGCCUGCUGCAAGUCUGACAAGUUUGCCAAGCUGGAGGACCGGACUCGGGCUGCCCUGCUGGACAACCUGCACGACGAGCUGCACGGGCACACGCAGACCAUGCUGGGGCUGGGGCCCGAGGAGGACAAGCUGGAGAACGGGGGCCACGGAGGCUUCCUGGAGUCCUUCAAGAGAGCCAUCCGGGUGCGCAGCCACUCCAUGGAGACCAUGGUGGGCAGCCAGAGGAGGCACCACGGGGGCGGCAUCCCCGGCAGCCUGAGCGGGGGCAUCGCGCACAGCGGCGGCGAGCUCACCAAGGGCACCUUCUCGCCCCCUGUCCCAGCUGCUGCUGCCAAGAACCAGUCCAGGAGCCCCAUCAAGCGCCGCUCAGGGCUGUUCCCUCGGCUGCACACGACCUCAGAGAGCCAGGCCGAGAGCAGGACGAGGUGUGACAGCGUUUCUGGAGCCCAGAAGACACCAGAUUUGGGACAUUCCUCCCAAGAGAUGAAAUCUGAAACCUCGUCCAACCCCAGCUCCCCUGAAAUUUGCCCCAACAAAGACAGGCCUUUUCUCAAGCUGAAAGAGAACGGGCGCUCGAACAUCUCCCGUUCCUCCUCCAGCACCAGCAGCUUCAGCAGCACGGCGGGGGAGAGCGAGACCCUGGAGGAGUACGAGAGCGUGGGGAGCCAGCCCUCCACCGCCUCACCCUUCAGGCAGGACGUGUUCGUGUACAGCGCCAGCCCCGGCAGCGACAGCCCCGGCGGGGCACAGGCCACGCCUGUCAUCAUGAGCAGGAGCCCCACAGCAGAUGUAAAGAACAGGAACUCUCCCAGGUCCAACCUGAAGUUUCGCUUUGACAAGCUCAGCCACGGCAGCUCCAGCAUGAGCCACUAGCAGGAGGAGGCCAUGAGCUUGCAGAACGUGUCAGCCAAGGGAAGAAGCUGCAGCCCCCGAGGUGCCCUGCCUGGCAGAGCAGAGCAGAGCUCCCACCUGCAGCCCGUGCUGGCAGGGAGCAGCCAGUCCUCACCUGGAGCCCUGCCCAGCCCUGUGCAGGAGGGGCUGUGCCUCUGCUGUGCUGCUCGUGGCCAGGGCCACGUCCCCUGGGCUGGGCUUGCCCAGAUGUGCUGCAGCUGCUGGGCCCCUCCUUGCCCUGCCCUGGCUGCCUGGAGGCUCCUGUGGGCAGAGACCCCUGCACAGUUCAUGUGCAGUUACCAGUGGGAACCUGGUUCAUGUUUGUUUUCUGCAGGGUGGGGCUCAGGCCAGUCAGUGUUGGUGGCCCUGGGGCAAUUUGCAAUUGUUUGCUGUUCUCCUCUCUGGGACAAUGGGGCAGAACCUCCCGGGGAGCCCUGGGCUGCUGUCCCUGGAGUGGGUCUGCAGGGUCCCUGCAGGGUCCCCCAGCUCCCACCCACCCCAGCCCUGGGCAGGGGCAGCUCUCACUCCAGCCUUGCUCAGUCCUUGCCCAGGGCAGUGACUGUGCCAGGGGUGCAGCCAGCUCGUCCUGCUGGCAGGUCCCUGCUCUGCCUGGCACUGGGCACAGGUGACCCAGAGCUGGCACAGCUGUGGCUUCCCUGAGCUCUAGGAGAAGGGCAGGGACCUGGUGGGCUCUGCUCUGCCCUGUGGGUCCCCAGGUGAGCAAUGCACAAACCCAGAGGUUUGUGAGGGCCUGCAGAGUCUGUCCUGCUGCUUUUGAGCAAACUCUUGUUGUCCUGAAAGCAUCAGAGAUUCUGCAAGGUAACUUUCCCACAUUUCCCUUUCCCUGAAAAUACCUCUCUCAACAUGCCAAGAAAUCCUUUUGCUCCCUUAUGGAACUUCAGGUGGAGUUUCCUGCAGCCUGUCCACAGAUUUCCCAUUGCUCAGAUUUCCCUCACCCAUUUUCUGGGAGACAGGCCACGAUGCUGCAGAUAUCCCCCCUGUCCCCACAGCCUGUGACCUCUGGGGACCCUCACAAAAUCAGGUUCUCAGUCUCAAGUGGACACAGUUCUUUAUUUCUGCUGAAAACAGGACUUUGAGUGCCAAAGUCCCCUUCCCCCAGUGGUGCUGCAGGGGGCACAGAGUGCCUGCAGCCUGCUGGAGGGGCAGAAUUGUGCCCCUGGAGCAGCUGCCCUGGCUGUGGCUGCUCCUGCUGCCCUCCCAAGGAUUGAACCAUCCCCUCCCUGCUGCCUGUCAUGUCCCCUGGUCCUGCAGGAGCUGCUCCUGAGAGUCUCUCAGAGCCCACACAGGGCUCACACAGGGCUCUGCUGGCACCAGUCCCUGUGGGGAGGCUGCAGCCAGGAGAUGAGAACAGUUGUGAAAAGGGCAGGAACAGUUUGGGGGGCCCUGAGUGCUGUGCAGGACAGGUAAAUGCCAGUGACUGCCUUGGGGAGUUAUUAAUGAGUUAUUAAUGAGUUAUUAAUGCCUCCUGCCCCCAGCCUGCUGCGUUUCAGGGUCUGAGCCUGGAUCCCUUGUCAGCCCAGCUGGGGCUGGGGUCUCAGCAGCACACCCUUGGCUGUUCAGCACUGUCUGAUGCCUCAGCAGCACUUCCCAGCGCACCCCAGCUCUGCUGGGAGCCUUGCUCUGCUUUCCUGAGGCUGCACAGGGGGACCCUGCCUGGUGCCACGAUUUGCUCCCAGGGUUUGCUCUGGGUUUGCUCUCCCCAGCAGUCACUUGGUUCUGUGGUGUUGUCGUUCCUGUGGGUGUUGAUCUCCGUGAGAUCUUUCAGCAGAAGGUGCAGUGGCUGCUCUCAGCUGCUUUGCCACUUUGGGUUGUUUUGUUGCUGCUUUUUCCACUUGAAGCCGUGGCUUUCCUCUUUGACCCAGAUUGGUUUGGGAAUUACUCAAAGGGGACCAGCAGGCAGAGGAGUGUGGAGCCUCAGGGAGGGUUCAGUGCUCUGGGUUUGUCUCUGCUGGGGUUUGUGGCUCCUGUGGGACAUCCAGCAGCACUGCUGGCCAGAGCCCAAACCUGGGGCACUGCUGGGGCUGGAAAACGCUUGUGCUGCACCCUGGGGACUUCUGCACUUCCAGCAGAGGGUGAAGCUGGUCCUGUGUAUAUUUUGCAAAAUGUUUUGUGCUUUUAAGUGACUCUUACACAUCUAUACAUACAUAAAAGGGAGAUAUAUAUACAUAUAUAUGUAUUUAAUAUAUAUAUAUAUGUAUAAAAUAUAUAUAUAUGAAGGAAAGGAUCCUUAACUGACACUAGAAUUUCUGGGCAGUGCAUUUCCCCUCCUGUCCCGCUGUUCCCUUGCCCUCAGCCCGUGCCCUCCUCAGCAGCGGCGUCAGAGGGAGCAGGGGGGGCCAGGAGCGCCUCGGGGGGUGGGGAAACCCCCGUGUGAGAGGGCAGGGCUGGGGCUGCCCCUGUUCCCUUCCUGCCGGCUCUGGUCCUGCUCGCUGCUGCUCCGGGCUCAGGGCAGCGCCACAUCUGGCACCGCUGGAUGUGAGUGCAGCUCCACAUCUGGCACCGCUGGCUGUGAGUGCAGCUCCACAUCUGGCACAGCUGGCUCCGAGUGCAGCUCCCAGCUGUGCCCCAGCUGUGCCCCAGAUGUGCUCCCAGGUGUGCCCCAGCUGUGCCAUAUCUGUGUCCCAACUAUGCUCCCAGCUGUGCCCCAGCUGUUGUCCCACUGCACAUCUGCCCAGCUGUGCUCCCAUCUCCUCCCUGAAUGCAGCACCGCCCGUGUCCUGCCGAGGGAAAUCCUGGAUUUGUAUCAAUGUGAAGAGUUUAUAGAGCGAAUGUAAAUCCUGAGGAAACGUCCCUGACAAAGUUUAUUUUUGAUGUAGACAGGCAGUGCUUUGUAGUUUCUGGUGGCCUAUGUCUGUUGUAAAUAAUGUACAUUUAAUUUAUUGCUAUGGUAGCAGAUUGUUAUGUAUAAAACUGAAGGUUCACAAAUGUAUAUUUUGUUGCUUAAAUGUGUCUUUGCAAAGUUCACAAUAAAUAAUAUUUUGUGUCCAUAUA